UGAAAAAUGAAAAUGGAAGUUAAAGUGAAGAAGGGUUAGAGAUAGAGAGAGAGACAGGGAGGGAGGGAGGAAGAAAGUUCUUUUUUCCUUUUGCCUGUUUUUGUUGCGUUUUGCUUUUCUUCGCUGGAGAAUUUAAGGUGUACGACGAGGAAGAUGAUGGCUGUGCUUAUGGAGAUGCGAGCCAGAACCGUCAUCGUACUUUUCCUAUUCCUAAUAUUCAUUCUCAUUCUCUUCGUUAUCUAAUCCGCUCCUUUCUCAAAGUUCCUCUUUUCCGUGUACUUCCUCCCGUGUUAUUGACUGUUUGAACUUUACUAUUCCAGGUCGCUGUUUGUGCUAAUGUUUUGAACUUUACUGUUUGGUCGGUUUUACUGUUCCAUCCAUUAAUGAGAUCCUUGGAGAAUCUGAUCUGGUUUCUAGUUUCGGAUUUGAGCUUGAUGAUCUGAGUUGGGCUUAUUGCGGGCUGAGUUGCUUCACAUAUUCAUACCUUUACUUUUUCCAUAUACAGUCAGAUUACUCUGAACCUAAUGGUUUUAUAGGGUUUUCUUUUUUACUUUUGGUCAUUUAGUGGUUUCCAGGGGUGGAAUUUCUUGAGUUAUAUUGCUCUCUUUUGAAAAACAAUAUACACUAUAACUUUGUAGAGACCCACUACUUUUUAUUGUGGGUUUGAUAGUUUCCCUGUCAUAUUAUAAGCCUCUGGGAAUUUUCAUAGUAUUAGAUGUGGUGAUUAUUCUUGGUUUAUGAAAAUACGGGAUAGUUUAUUACCAGAUUUGAUAGGGAAGGUUAAAUCUUGGAUUUCUUGGGACUCUACCUAUUUCACUGGAUUACUUGAAAUGGGUUCUAACAGUAAUUGCUCCCCCAAACAAAACCCAGAACCUCAGUCACCAUGUUGUAGUAGCGGUGACAUAUUUGAUGCAUAUUCCCUUGAUGCUGCAAAGACUAGUUUUGCAUCUUUUACAAGCAAUCCAUCUUCAGCGUCUGUACGUGGCUCACCAAGCAGGAGUGAUGAUGAAGCGGAAGAUUCCACAAAUGAAUUUCUAUGCCGAUCAUUUGAUUGCAGCCACGACACUUCUUCUUCAGAUAUAGAUUCAAUUAGUAUUAGUUCUAAUCAUGGACUUCGCAAUAUUAAGUCAGUUGGAUCAAGUCCUAAUGACAGCCCCUCUUCUAGGAUCCAUUUUACUUCCAAUAGAGUUGGGCAUUCUGUACAGCAAGAACACACGGGGUCCACAGGAUCUCUCAAAGAGAGUUCAUUUGACCAAGAAACCUUAAAUGACAUUGGUAAUAAUUUACAUCGUCUCAUAUGGAUACCUCCUCCUCCUGAUGAAGAAAAUGAUGAGACGGAAAACAAUUUCUUUACAUAUGACGAUGACGAGGAUGAUGAUGACAUUGGAGAGUCGUCGGAUGACACCUUUUUGUCAAAGGAAAAACUGAAUGAGGGUCAAAAGAAGGAGGCUAUAAGGGGAGUGGUUCAGGGGCAUUUUAGGGCUCUUGUGUCACAGUUAUUGCAAGCCGAAGGAGUAACAAUGGGAGGAAAAGAUGGUGGGGAUGAGGAGUGGCUUGAUGUAGUUACCACCAUAGCUUGGCAAGCUGCAAGCUUUGUGAAGCCAGAUACUAGUAGAGGUGGAAGCAUGGAUCCUGGUAACUAUGUAAAGGUUAAAUGUGUAGCUUCUGGCAAGGCAGGUGACAGCACAUUUAUCAAAGGGAUAGUUUGUACGAAGAACAUCAAACACAAGCGCAUGACAUCUCACUAUAAAAAUGCUCGGUUGCUUCUCUUAGGAGGGGCACUGGAGUACCAAAGGCUUCACAGUCAACUUGCUUCUUUUGACAACUUACUUCAACAGGAAAAAGAUCACAUGAAGACAAUUGUUUCAAAAAUAGAGGCGCACCAUCCAAACGUGGUCCUUGUGGAGAAAAGUGUGUCGUCAUAUGCUCAGGAGCUUCUAUUGGCAAAAGAGAUAUCUUUGGUUUUAAAUGUUAAGAGGCCAUUACUAGAGAGGAUUGCUCGGUGCACCGGUGCUUUUAUAACCCCAUCAAUAGAUAAAAUAGCUAUGGCAAGAUUGGGCCAUUGUGAACUCUUUCGGUUAGAGAAAGUGUACGAGGAGCAUGAAGCUUCCAACAACCAAUCUAACAAGAAACCUCCCAGAACCUUGAUGUUUUUUGAUGGAUGUACCAGGCGUUUAGGUUGCACGGUCCUCCUUAAGGGAUGUUGUCGUGAAGACCUAAAGAAAGUGAAGAAGGUUGUUCAAUAUGCAGUGUUCGCUGCAUAUCAUUUGUCUCUGGAAACGUCUUUCCUUACCGACGAGGGUGCUAGUCUUCCUAAUACAGCCCUACAGAAACCUGCUGAUAAAGAACCUUGCAGCCUCUCCUUAGAGGUUGAAGAUGGAAUGGACAAUAUUUUCCCUGGGAACAUAGCUUCAACGGCUUCAGCUGAUGAUUUAUUGAAUGUUCAAGAGGAUGGUGAAAUCUCAGGAAGUCCAACCGUUGGAACUGUUGAUGGGAUUGCUAUUUCUGCUCAUGACUGCUAUUCAGCUGGGGAAAGUCAUCAAAGCAUAUUAGUGUCCUUCUCAAGCCGUUGUGUGCUAAAUGAUACUCUAUGUGAACGUUCUAAACUCCUACGCAUACAAUUUUACGGCUUUUUUGACAAACCUCUCGGUCAAUAUCUUCAGGAUGAUCUGUUUGGCCAGGCAUCUUGUCGGUCAUGCAAGGAGCCAACAGAGGCCCAUGUCAUUUGCUAUAUUCACCAGCAUGGGAACCUUACAAUUAAUGUGAGGCGCAUUUCGUCGGUGAAACUUCCUGGGGAACAGGACAAAAAGAUAUGGAUGUGGCAUCGGUGCCUCAGGUGUGCACAAGUAGAGGGGGUCCCGCCAGCAACUCGUAGGGUACUUAUGUCUGAUGCUGCUUGGGGCCUCUCGUUUGGGAAGUUUUUGGAACUUAGCUUUUCGAAUCAUGACACCGCCAAUCGUGUGGCAAGUUGUGGCCAUUCUUUGCAAAGAGACUGUCUCCGUUAUUAUGGAUCGGGGAGUAUGGUUGCAAUUUUUCGCUAUUCUCCAAUUAUUAUGCUUUCAGUUUUCCUGCCUCCUUCAAUUCUUGAAUUUACUAGCAAAGCAGAGCAGGCAUGGACAAGGAAAGAAGCAGCCGAGCUCUUAAGCAAAGUCAAGUGUUUGUAUGCUGAAAUAUCAAGUGCCUUUGAUGGGAUUGAGGGGAAAAGUGAACCAUUUGAUAUGACUGAACUACAUAACUACAUAAUGGAUUUAAAAGGACUCUUAAUGAGAGAAAAGGAUGAUUACAUUGCAUUACUUGAACCUAUUGGUGAAGGGAUUUCGUCUAUUAAGGGGUGGGGAGCAUGUGACAUUCUCGAAAUGAACCGUGUGAGGCAUUCCCUCAUGAUUGCUUCUCACAUUUGGGACCGUCGCCUUUCUUCAAUCCAUUCUAUUCUCCAUAAGGUUUCGGGUUCACCAACGUCAGACCCAUUCCCUUCUUCUACCGAUAUUUUCAAGAAUGAUAUCAUCAGCCAAGUUCUCAAUUGUCCUGCCUUUAGGGAAGAAGAUUCCAUGCUGACCUCACUCUCGGCACUUGUUCUCUCUGAUCAGAUAGAUUCUGCUUGGACCGGAAUAGAUCAGUCUUCCCCAGAAAAAGACAAUUUACUCGAAACAGCACCUUCCGCUCAACUAACUCAAUUUGAUGAUUCUUCCCUUAGAAAGCUAAGGUCAACCGCAAGAGUUCAUUCCUUUGACUCAGCCACGAGGCUUCAAGAAAGAAUAAGGAAAGGUCUACCACCAUCAUCUUUGUAUUUGUCGGCACUCAAGUCCUUUCAUGCUUCUGGUGACUUCCGGAAAAUGAUCAGAGACCCUUCUUCCAUUGUUCAAGGGACUUGUUAUUCUUCUUCUCAGCUAUUGUUGCCUGGUGAAGCUCACAAGUUAAAUCUUUCACCGAGUUCAUCAACUGCUUUUAUAUCUCACAAAUCCCUUAUUCCUGAAGGAGCUAGAUUGAUGGUUACACCACAGAAGGGACACAAUAGUGUGAUUAUAGCUAUAUAUGAUGAAGAGCCUGCAAGCAUAAUAUCCUAUGCACUUAGUUCAAAGGAGUAUACUGACUGGAGCUUUAGCUAUAAUAAUGCUAAAUCUUCAACAUGGCAGCCUUUUGCCCCUCUGGACCUGGAUUAUAUCUAUGGAGGUCCAGAAGAUUCCAGAAGUUCUCCACAUCUAAGGUUGUGUUUCGAUGAUGAAUCUUCUAAUGCCACUGGGAAGGUUAAGUUCUCUGUAACAUGUUACUUCGCCAAACAAUUUGAUGAUCUGAGAAAGAAAUGCUGCCCCAAUGAAAUGGACUUCAUACGUUCUUUAAGCCGGUGUGAGAGAUGGAGUGCUCAGGGAGGGAAGAGCAAUGUUUAUUUUGCGAAGUCCUUUGAUGAAAGGUUCAUAAUAAAACAGAUUCAGAAGACCGAAUUAGAUUCUUUUGAAGAGUUUGGUCAUGAGUACUUCAAAUAUUUGACACAAUCUCUUAGCUCUGGAAGUCCUACUUGCCUUGCUAAAGUUCUUGGUAUUUUUCAGGUUGCAGUGAAGUACUUGAAGGGCGGAAAGGAUACCAAAGUAGAUUUGAUUGUAAUGGAGAACCUCUUUUAUGGAAGAAAUAUUUCAACUGUUUAUGAUCUGAAGGGUUCUUUACGGUCACGAUAUAAUUCUGAUACAAAAACCAACAAGGUGCUGUUGGAUUUGAACCUUCUAGAGACGUUGCAGACCAAACCUAUAUUUCUUGGAAGCAAGGCUAAAAAGUGUUUGGAGAGAGCUGUAUGGAAUGAUACUUCGUUCCUAGCGUCUGUUGAUGUGAUGGAUUAUUCUCUGUUGGUUGGGGUGGACGAAGAACGGAAAGAGCUUGUGUUGGGGAUCAUAGAUUACAUGAGACAAUAUACGUGGGACAAACACUUAGAGACGUGGGUGAAGGCGUCGGGCAUACUCGGUGGCCCAAAGAACGCAUCUCCCACAGUAGUUUCUCCAAAACAAUACAAGAAAAGAUUCAGAAAAGCAAUGACAACCUAUUUUCUCACAGUUCCUGAUCAAUGGUCAUCUUGAGAAAGAGGCCCAUUUCAUGCUUGAAGCUUCUGGUGAUAAAGGGCGAAACAUAACGUCCAAUGCCAUAUAAGACAGAAAAGGAAGCUGUAUUAUUUCAAUUCCACUCUUGUUCAUUUAGCUACUUGUAAUUGUUAAUAUGGGCAAAAAGUGCCCUUUUGUACAUGGUAAUUUGUAAAGCACCCAUUCUUGAAAAAAAAAACCUUUUAAUUGUACCGAUUUUAUUGGCGGACUUGAACUCUCUCCUUACAUCUCAAUGCAGUGUUUGAUAUACG